AUGUCUCCGAGCAUCGUCCCCAGGCACAAUGGCUUUGGCGAUGGAGAGCUUCUUCAGGACGAGACCCGUCCACUCCUGUACGAUGUGGAGGAUGCGAGCAGGCAACGCCAGCCCAGCACCCCACUGCCCAAGCAACAACUUGGUGCCCUUUGUUUUAUCCGUCUCGCUGAUCCAGUGGCAUUCACUCAGAUAUUCCCAUAUGUCAAUGAGAUGAUGGAGAAAUUCGGCAUCGCAGAGCCCUCACAAACUGGCUUCUACAGCGGCCUUGUCGAAAGUGUGUUUGCUUUUGCACAACUGCUAUCGAUAUAUCACUGGGCAAACCUCUCCGACAAGCUGGGAAGGCGACCAAUUGUGUUACUGGGGACAUUCGGGAUUGCUAUCUCGACAAUCUGGUUGGGUUUUUCGAGGACUCUCUCUGGGGUACUUCUUUCUAGAGCGCUUGCUGGACUCUUUUCAGGCAAUGUUGCUGUCAUGCAUUCGGUCUUGGGAGAGAUUACCGACUCAUCGAAUCAAGCCUUAGCAUACCCCAUUUAUGGACUAUGUUGGCCCUUAGGUGUUAUUCUAGGCCCCCUCAUUGGCGGCACCUUCGCGAACGCCGCACAGAAAUACCCCACGUGGUUUGGCACCUACUUCUUCGAUCAGUUUCCGUAUUUCCUUCCUUGCUUCGUUGUUGCUUGCGCUACUAUUCUGACAGUGGUAGUGGGCUAUUUCUGCCUGAACGAAGUACGUCUAGCCGGCUGUAAUCCACAUUACCAAGCAAAGUCCGCGAAACAGGGUCCAUCCGCACGUUCAUUGUUGCGUAUACCAGUAAUACGCGCUGUUUGUUUGUCAGGGUGCGCUCUGAGUUUCGUUGGUUCUGCCUUUGACGUCGUUUUCGUUCUAUUUUGUUAUUCCCCGGUCAACUCUGGAGGUCUCUCAUUCUCUGUAUCGCAGAUCGGCUAUGCACUUGCUAUCGCAGGAGUAUCUUCAGCCAUGAUACAAAUUAUCUUUAUGCCAAUCUUACUUCGUAGGGUUUCAUGUGCAAGACUGUAUAAAACUUGCAUGGGAAUCUGGCCUCUGGCAUUCCUCUCGCUUCCUCCACUCAACUGGGUCGCUCGAACUGGCUUUGAUGACGCUACACAGGCUAUUGGCAAGUCUGAAGUAAACCUUCUGCUGUGGCUUGGUAUCGGCACUGCAUUGGCGCUGAGCCGUGUUGCUUGUCUCGCAUUCUCGUUGAACAUGAUUCUUGUGAAAGAGCAUGCUCCUGGUCCAUCUUCCCUGGGUUCAGCAAAUGGACUAGCUCAGUUCUCGCAAUGCUUUGCGCGUGCUAUCGCUCCGGCUUUUGUCAGCUGCCUCUAUGCUUUCUCCGUAGAUCAUAACAUUCUCGGUGGAAACCUCUGGGUAAUCCUCAUGUUCGCGUUCUCCACAUUGGCCUGGCUACACUCUGCGAUUGUGCCGGACGACCCUCAUGCUACUGCAGGUGACAUCAGUACGAACAUGCUCGCAUCUCACUAA